ACCUAGUAAAAGCAGCCAAAGGAGAGGCGGGGCUGUGGUUAGUCUGCAGUUACACCUCCCCCAUCCUCUUCUGUCUGGGUUUCAGCCUUGCUGCAGCUGCUUACUAGCCAUUUGCAGGACCCACACAAGUGCAAUCGCUGUUCCCAAAAUGGUCAUCCAUGUGUAUAUUGCUUCAUCUUCUGGUUCUACCGCGAUUAAGAAAAAACAGCAAGAUGUGCUGGGUUUCUUAGAAGCUAACAAAAUAGGAUUUGAAGAAAAAGAUAUUGCAGCUAGUGAAGAGAAUCGGAAGUGGAUGAGAGAAAAUGUACCUGAGAACAGUCGCCCUGCCACUGGACACCCAUUGCCACCUCAGAUUUUCAAUGAAAGACAGUACCGUGGGGAUUAUGAUGCCUUCUUUGAAGCCAGAGAAAAUAAUGCAGUAUAUGCCUUUUUAGGCUUAACAGCCCCUCCUGGUUCAAAGGAAGCAGAAGCCCAGGGAAAACAGAAAGAAUGAAGCUCAAAUAUUCUGCCUUAAGCAUCCUAAAAAGAGAAUCCACAGCUUUUAUAAAAUAGAAAAAUCAUCUUUGUUCAAAGUAAAUAGGAUUAAAGUUUAGUUAAUAGAUUAAUCUCACAUGCAAGCAAUUGAAGUGAAUACAGAGUUGUGUAUGCUAUGAUGAGGAGUUGAACAAAAAUAAUUAAGUAGAUAUCAUGGAAUACUAUUGUUACCUGCAGAGACAUUUUAUGCAUUUUAAUUACUUUUCAUAAUGAAAAAAAUAUAUUCUCUGUUUUGUUAUUAUUACAACUUAAAUAUAUCUGUAGGAAAUUAAGCAUUUUUAUUUCUUAUGAAGGGCUAAAGAUUAUGCCUGUUGUUUCUGAAUUGCCUCAUUAAUUUUAGCCAAUAUGUGACAUUAUUGUGAUUGGAAAGUAUUUCAAAACUCAUAUUGGAGAUAGUUCUGCCAAUGUAUAUGAUGUUUUUUGGUUUACCAUCUAAAACUUUGAUCCAUUUAGAGAUUACUUUUAUACAUGAUGAAAUGUGAUGGACCAGUUAUACUCUUCUACGUGUUUCAACCCACUUUUUCCAACAUCAUUUGUUGAAUAGACUCUUCUUUAUCUAUUUUAUUUUUGGCUCCCUUAUCAAAAAAUAGGCUUCAUAGGUGUGAACUAAUUUCUGUGUUCUAAAUCCUAUUCAACUAGUCUGUGUGUCUAUCUUAAUUCCAGUACCAUGCAAUUAUUAUAGUAGCCAUGUAGUAUGUUUUGAGGUCAGGAAGUGUAAUAGCUCCAUUCUUGCUCUUUUCACUCAGGAUUGUUCCAGCUAUCCUCAGUAUUUUUCUGUCUCCAGAUAAACCUUUUACUAAAGAAAUUUGGUGGAACCUUAAUGGGGAUUGCAUUAAAUCUGUAUAUGACUCUGAGUAGAAUAGUCAUUUUGAUAAUGUUAAUACUUAGAAUUCAUGAGCAUGAGAUAUAUUUCCAUUUCUUUGUCCCUUUUUCUUUUCGUUUUUAUUUAUUUACUGAUUAAAUAAUAACAAGACCAUAGGAUAAGAGGGGUACAAUUCCACACAAUUCCCACCACCAAAGUUCCAUAUCUUAUCUCCUCCAUUAGAAGAUUUUCUAUUCUUUUUUAUUUCUUUAUUGGGGAAUUAAUAUUUUACAUUCAACAGUAAAUACAAUAGUUUGUACAUGGAUAAUAUUUCCCAGUUUUCCAUAUAACAAUACAACCCCCACUAGGUACUCUGUCAUUCUUCUUGAGAAGCUUUUCUAUUUUUUAUAACUCUGGGAGUAUGCACCCAGGAUCAUUAUGGAAUGAAGAAGGUGGAAAGUCUGGCCUGUACCUUACUCUUUAGCCUAAUAAUACCAAAGAAUUUCCUACCAGAUUCUUUUGGAUUUUCUAUGCAUAGUAUCAUAUCAUCUGAAUAGUGACAGUUUAAAUUCUUCUCUUCCAAUCUUUCUUUAUCUUUUUUAUCUUUUUCUCUUGUGCAGUUUCCAUAGAUAGGACUUCUCAGACUAUGUUGAAUAAUAGAGACAAUGGACAGCCCUGUUUUGUAUUUGACUAUUAAGGUAAAGCUCUCAGUUUCUCUCCAUUGAGUAUGAUGUUGACUGAAGGUUUUCUAUAACUUUUUUAUGUGUAUAAACUCAACUAGUUUGAGGAAUUUUCCAUGUACAUUUUUUUAAUGUUUUGAUCAUGAAGAGAUGUUGGAUCUUGUGAAAAAAUUUCUCUGCAUUUACUGAGAUAAUCAUGUGGUUUUUGAAUUUUCAUUUUUAAUGUAGUAUAUCACAUUUAUUCAUUUAUGUAUAUUGAAUCACCCUGGCAUCCCUGGGAUAAAUUCUACUUGGUCAUGGUAUACAACUUUUUAAUUUACGUUUGUAGCCUAGUUGCUAAGAUUUUGUUCAUUAUCUUAGCAUUUAUGUUAAUCAAGAAUAUCAGGCUGUAAUUUGCAAUUUUUGUUGUUAUCUGCUUUUGAUGGUUCAAAUUCAGUUAUAAGCAAAACAAAUAAACUAAUUGAACUAUAUCAAACUUAGAAUAAUCUGCAUGGCAAAAAGAAUCAUGAUUAUAACAGAGUCCUCAUUGAAUGGGAGAAAAAUUUAUAUGUUAUACAUUAGACAGAAUCUAAUAGCCAAAAUAUACAAAGAACUCAUUAAACUCAACAAUAAAAAGACUAUAACAA